UGGGCUGCAGGCAUGACCCUGGGGUUUGAGGGUCCCAGGUGGGCACUCCAUUCUUGGUGGCAGAGGGACAGUCACUGGUGAGUGGCUGUGGGCCUCCUUCCUGGUGGCAGAGGGACAGUCAUGGUGAGUGGCCAUGGGCCUGUUCUGUUGCAGAGGCUGUGCACCCCCUUCUACUGCAGGUACCGCUUCCACAAGACCUUGGUGCACAGGACUGAGGAGCGGCCCCACGGGACCCAUGUUUACUUCGAGGACAUCAAUGUCAUCUGCCUGGGAGCCAUACACCCCAGUGACCUGCGGGAAUACCUGGAGGGUCCCCCCAUGGUGGUGGAAGUCCACGAUCGGGACCGUAAGUCAGACGAGUCCUCCUGCAGGCCCACCCUGUUUGGGGAGGAGCCCCUGGAUUCCCACGGGAACAUCCAGUCCUUCAUCUCCUCCAAGGAGACGGAGGACAACCCCUUCCAGCCUCAGAACAAGACCUGGGACUCUCACGGAGUCACCCGGGUCAGUUUCAUGGACCUCUUCCUUGGCCACAAGUACCUGAACCUGGUGGUCCCCAUCCAGCGCUGCGAGCUCAAGGCCACCCCCGGCCUCCAGGGCAGCCAAUGCAGGAGGGUCUUGAGGUUCACCGAGGUCCUCGAGCACAACCUAAUGCCCGCUGGAAACUACUUGGAGGCCAACUCAUUGCUCAAACUGCGAGUGGAUGUGGCAGUGCCUCUGAGGACCUGGGCCAAAGCCCAGGGUGUGGAUUUCCUGGGCAGCCACUUUGGCCACAUCAUGUUUGUGUUCAGUGCCAAAGAGCUGUUCCUGCUGCACAGUCUGCUGAAGGACAUCACCCUGAUCAACGCCAAGGCCCUGGAGCUGGACUCCUACCCCACCGGGACUGUCCAGCAGAUCCUCCCAGCCUUCAAGAUGCGGGUCAACAUCCAGCAUCAGGAGCAUCUGGACAUCCUGACCGGCUUCCACCUGCUAGAUGGGAACAUCCACCUCUUUGUUCUGGAAGGCUUGGCCAACGGGGGCCUGCGGCAGCUGUGGAAGAACCACCAGAGCCAGUAGGUGGCAUCUGAAUGAGGAAGGAGCCUCAUCAAGGCCCAGGGAGGCUGAGGAUCACAGAUUGGAGGCCAGCCUCAACAACUUAGCAGGAUGCUGUCUCAAAAUCAAAUAAGAAGGGUUUUAUUUUGUGGUGAAGCACCCCUGGGUUCAAUCCCCAAGACCAAUAAAUAAAUAACCCAGUUACAUGAUUCUGACACCAUGAUCUGCUGCCCCCAGGAGCAGGAGCCUGGCCUGUUUGUACCAUAGCUGGAGUGACCUCUGAGUGCCUGAAUGGCUGAGCAGGGUGAAAUGACCCUCGUCUGGGGAACAGCUUCCUAUGUGGCCUGGUGGGAACAGGGGACCCUGGCUCUCUCUUCUGAUAGCACAGUCUUUCAAACAAGUUGACCCUUUUACCCCCUUGAGCCUACAAUGAGGGUAUCAUAUUUUAAAUUUCAGUUGCCAGGUAUUUAUUGCUGGUAAUAUGGCAAUCUGGUUAAUUUGUGUGUAUCUUGUAUCCUGAUUUGAUAA